AUGGCUUCGUCCGCCGCCGCCGGCUUCCUCGGCCGGUCGAGUAGCAGCAACUCCAAUAUGCGAGGCCUCGUUCAAUUUAUCGCCGACCUCAGAAAUGCAAGAGCUAGGGACUUGGAGGAGAAGAGGAUCAAUAAGGAGCUCGCAAAUAUUCGCGGCUACCACAAGAAAAAAUACGUGUGUAAACUGCUGUAUAUUUAUAUCCUAGGUUGGAACGUCGAUUUCGGACACCUCGAAGCCGUCAAUCUCAUCUCAGCCAAUAAAUACUCAGAGAAGCAGAUUGGAUACCUAGCCAUGACCCUCUUUUUACACGAGAAGCACGAGUUAUUACACUUAGUAGUCAACAGUAUACGCAAGGACCUUCUCGACCACAAUGAGCUCUUCAAUUGCUUGGCUCUACACGCGAUUGCGAACGUGGGAGGUCGGGAGAUGGGAGAGGCGCUGAGUGGAGAGGUACACAGGCUUCUGAUAUCGCCGACUUCGAAGGCAUUUGUGAAGAAGAAGGCUGCGCUCACUCUUCUCCGUUUGUAUCGCAAGCAUCCGGAUAUUAUCCAACCUCAAUGGACCGAACGAAUCAUAUCACUCAUGGACGACCCUGACCUUGGAGUGGGUCUCUCGGUUACAUCUCUGGUCAUGACCGUUGUUCAAGACAACUCGGAGCAGUAUAAGGGAGCCUACGUCAAGGCUGCAUCGCGUCUCAAGCGGAUAUUAAUCGAUGGCGAUUAUACGGCCGACUACUUGUACUAUAAAGUCCCGUGUCCUUGGAUCCAGGUCAAGCUAUUGCGGUUACUUCAAUAUUUCCCACCUUCAGAGGAUAGCCAUGUCCGCGAGAUGAUUCGAGAAUCGCUUCAGAAGAUCCUUAAUUUGGCGAUGGAGACGAACAAGAACGUACAGCAGAACAAUGCUCAGAAUGCUGUUCUGUUUGAGGCUAUUAACCUCAUCAUCCAUCUAGACACGGAACAUGCGUUGAUGAAGCAGAUAUCAUCCCGCCUAGGACGUUUCAUAACCUCUAGGGAGACGAACGUCCGGUACCUAGGUCUUGAAGCUAUGACGCACUUGGCAGCUCGAGCAGAGAACUUGGAUCCUAUUAAACAGCACCAAGAGGUGAUCUUGGGAUCUCUAAAAGACCGCGAUAUCAGUGUCCGCAGAAAGGGUCUCGAUUUGCUAUAUAGUAUGUGUGAUUCGACCAAUUCUGUGCCGAUUGUCUCUGAGCUGCUGCAUUAUCUACAAAAUGCCGACUUUGCGAUCCGAGAAGAGAUGGCCCUAAAGAUUGCGAUUCUGACAGAGAAGUAUGCCACUGAUAUACAAUGGUAUAUCAACGUCUCGCUUCGCCUGGUGGCUAUUGCAGGAGAUCAUCUUAGCGAUGAAGUUUGGCAACGAGUCAUCCAAAUCGUUACAAAUAAUGAGCAGUUGCAAGUUUACGCUGCACAUAACACGCUACAACAUGUCAAGCAAGAUCACUGUCACGAGACGCUGGUGAAGAUUGGGGCGUACAUCCUUGGAGAGUUUGGCCAUUUGAUCGCUGAAGAGAAGGGUUGCAGUCCUAUCGAGCAGUUCAUGGCACUAUCGAAGAAGCUUCCUGCUUGCUCUUCGAGUACUCGCGCUAUGAUUCUCUCAUCGUUUAUCAAGUUUGUCAAUUUGUUCCCGGAGAUCAAACCACAGCUCUUGCAUGUCUUCGAGAUAUAUAGCCAUACCCUGGAUCCUGAAUUACAGCAACGAGCCUUCGAGUACUUGACCCUGGCAAGCCUCCCAUCCGACGACCUUCUCCGAACCGUUUGCGAUGAAAUGCCGCCGUACCCUGAACGACAGUCCGCACUCCUGUCGAGACUUCACCAGAAACAUGCCGGUACUAGUGAUAAACGGACCUGGGUGGUCGGUGGCAAGGAUGCGAAUAAUGAUGUUUCGGAACUUGCUAUGGCCAAGAAUGCCGGACUUAGACGAACCUUUAGCGCCAACAGCCCGGCUAACGCCAACGGCAACGGCAACGGCAACGGCGCGGCAAAUGGUUCCGCAAAUGGCGCCAAUGGCCAUUCUACUGAUUUGGCCGGUCUUGACAUGACUGCGGGACCAACGCCCGAGAAGGCAUUCAAAGCACCGAAUCUGGCGAGUGCUGCCCAUCUAUCUCCCGGGUGGGAGUCAGGUUAUAAGAAAUUGCUGCUCAAGGCUGAUGGUAUACUCUUCGAAGACGGACAACUUCAAGUUGGUGUUCGCUCCGAAUACAGAGGGCAGAUGGCUUGUCUUAUUUUAUAUUUCUCGAAUAAGACUCCAGCUACAAUAAGCUCUUUUACAACGACGCUGGACUUGGAUGAGAGCGAGAAGGCGAACCUCACAUGGGAUGUCAAGGCUUUACCGGACAGCUCUAUCAUGCAAGGAGGCCAAUCACGGCAGAUUAUCAUGUUCGAGUCGAAGAAGGUGUUCACGAAAAGCCCCACUAUUAGGAUAAGUUACCUGGCGGGUGCCUUGCAAGCACUUACGCUGAUGCUCCCUCUUACCGCGCACAAGUUUAUGGACCCAGCAGAUCUCAUGGCAGAUGAUUUCUUCAAGAGAUGGAAGCAAAUUGGAGGUCCGCCUCGCGAAGCUCAACAAAUCAUCGGACUUGCUAGUGGUAAAUCUGGUUCACGCGAGAUCACAGAAAGCUCUAUUCGGAAGGCUCUCCAAGGAUUCCGCUGGGGAGUACUGGAUGGCGUUGAUCCGAAUAGUAAGAACUUUGUCGGAGCUAGUGUGCUUCACACCUCUGAAGGUGGCAAGUUUGGUUGUCUCAUGAGACUGGAGCCAAACUAUACGUCACAGAUGAUCCGACUUACAAUUCGCGCUACCGAUGAGAGUGUACCCCCUGUACUUCUAAAGCUGAUGGAAGAGCGGAUAUCCAUGGGUAUGUCGACUACACCGGAGUCACGUGAAGGGCCGUCUCAUAAAGAGAUAUCAGAUACUUUUGGUAGUAUAAUGGUAACAUAA